UGAUUGAGAGUAGGCGAUGAGAGUGAACGAGAUGGAGACCUAGGGUUCGUGACGCAGUGUCAAACCACCCCCCCCCCAUUCCCAAUCCUCCUCGCCGUUUCCUGCCACCGGCAGUCGCCUCCGCCGCCCAGCUCCGUCUCUGCCCUCGUUCUGCAGCGGUUCUCCACCGGUAUAUGCCCCAGCCAUGGCCCUCGCCGGAGAUAAUUGAUAUCUGAAUUCCUUGUAAUGGCUGCUGAUCAGCGGAGGAAGGGGUUGAAUGGCGCUGCUCCGGACGUCAGCUUGCGGGAGAAGCCCCGGGGGAAGAAGAAGCAGGCGGUGUCAACGGAGAGCAAUGGUUUCAGGGUGAAGCCUCGUGUUUCUCUGGAGUGGGACGCGAACCGGAAGAGAGUGGUUGCGAAAAGGGAGCAAAUUGGGUUGAGUUGGAGGAAUUUGAGGCCUUUCGUCGAGCCUCUUCCUCACGGUCACAAGAUAUUGGCCGAUGCCUUUGAUGUUCCCACUGAAUUGUUUAAGCUGGAGAAUAUUGAGGACGUGCUGUCGCACGAGGUAUGGCAGACCUGUCUGUCGGAAAGAGAGAGGAGAUUUCUCACCCACUUCCUUCCCGGGGAAACAGAGCCUCAGCAAGCAGUGAAACAAUUGCUGGGGGGAGAAAACUUUCAUUUUGGCAACCCCUUUCUUGACUGGGCAGCUUCACUUCAAUCAGGCAACCUGCAUCCUGAUGCUGUCGUUCAUCGUGAACAGUCUUUAAAGGCUGCCAAGAGUGCUUACUACUCAGAGUUGCACAGAUAUCAUAAUGACAUGAUUGGAUCUUUGCUCAAGAUGAAGGAAAGCUGGCAGAACUCCAAGGACUUUGAAAAGGAACCAAAUCGAAAAACUAUGAGGUCAAAGAAGGACAAAGAGAAGAAGUUCUCACGUGUAGAUGAAUUUGAAAUUUGUGACCUUGACAAUAGCUUUGCUGGUACAUCUAAGUCUUCAUCUUUGGGCACAGAGGAAAAGACGAGUAAUAGUGAUGAACCGAUCGAAUCAUUUAAGAAGGCUGGAGAAUCACGUAAAAGGAUAAGCAAGAAAAGGCCCAUCAAAGAUAGAGGUGGAGAUCCACCCAUUGCUUCAGAUGACGUUCUCAUUGGGAAAGCAAUGCGAAGGAAAAGUGUCAAGGUGACGAGGAAAAAUGUUGUCUAUCAUGAUGGAACAGAAUACAUGUCAUAUGUCAAGAUUAGUAAGAAGCAGCACAAACUUGCAAAGAGCAUGGAGGAGUCAGGUUCGAGCAUGCAGUCUAGGUCCCUAGGUAAUCUCAAAAAUUUGCACAUACAACCAUACAAAGUAUUUGUGGAGGAACAGCAAAAGAAGUUGCAUGAUCAUUGGUUGCGACUGGCAAAUCAUGACCUUCCAUCUGCAUAUGGAUUUUGGAAUGAGAUUCGUAUCCAGAGACGACAAAUGAUGAGAUCCUUGGAGCAAGAGCUGUUGGAGAGACAUGAUUCACUCUUGGAGGAUGUUGAGGGAGAAAUUCCGGAGAGUGAAAUUCUAGCUCAGAAGGAUAACGAGGGAAUUGAUGAGAGACUGACCAUGAAAGAGGACAAAGAGUCUCCACUAUGCUCUUCACAUGACCAACAAAAUAAUAGUGGAGCAGAUUAUGCAUCGUCAAUGGAGGAUGAUGAUGAGUCUACUGCUCCUGGCUUAGUUAACGAUCAAAGAGGAGAUGAUGGGAAAGUGGAUGAGCAGGACCAGCAAUUUGUUGCAGAGAACCAUGACGAGGCUCUUCCUUGCUCUGAUGUGAAAGUGGGGAUGAGUUCAAUACUGGAUCAUCCUGGUAUUGUCGCGCGCAAUAAUGAUACCGACUCUGUUCCUGGCUCCUCACAGGACCUACUUUUGAAUCAACCACCAUCUUCAUCGAGCGGUGACCCUAAUUUCAAUCACGUAGGUCUGGAGUCUGAGAUCUUGCAAUCGGGUCCCGCACCUCAGGACGUGUCGCCAUAUUCUGGGAAUUUGAAUGGCGCUGAUUUGAUUGAUAUCGAUCGGGUCCCCCUCUCCCAGGGUGGUGACAUGUGGCAACCAGUAAGCAGUGUGAGCAGCAUGCCACUCCCUUACUUUGAUUCCUCUUCUACGGGAUGUCAGUUCAAUUCCGUGGCUGAGAUCCCACUCCCCCCAUCACUGUCCCCCAUUGAUGGAGAGCAACGAGCCCCUCAGUGGAUUGAGCUCGAAUCUAACUUGCAUGGACAAGCGCAACAACUGCACAGAGAUUCUAAUUCCUUCGGCUCUUACGCGAUUCAUCGGGACCAGAAUGAGCUGCUACAAUCAAUUUUCAGCAGCCAGCAAGGAAUGCUACAUCCAGGCAAUAGUAAUAACCAGCAGAAACACAUGGGCCCCUUGAACUUUCAGAUACCCAAUAACGUAUUGACUGAAACAUAUGGGCAGAGAAUGCAGAACAGCAUCCAGCAGAACAUGUCCACGGGGAGCAUGUUACCGAGCGGAGGAGGCAACAGGUUCCUGAUGCAGCAAAGGCAACAAGAGCAUCAUUUGUUGCCACCAUCUGUGAGCAUCCAGGAGUGGGCCCAUCACGUGCCGUCCACGAUACAACCUCCUCCGCCUGUCUCAGGCCAAAACUGGUUCUCCAACUCUAACGAGCAUCAGGUCCGCGGAGGUGGGUGGGCCAGCAGUUCAGCUGGCCCGAGUCAAACCAACAAUCUCGUAAUGGACCAGAGCAUGUAUGGUGUUUUACCUCAUUGCAACCAGCUAUCUUCACGCCAUCCAUCUUAUGACUCCAUCGAACAGGUCAUUCCUUCCCGGAGCUAUGGCCAUGGGCUAAUGAGUGGGCCUGGUAUCGGAAAUGUUUUGCCCCAUCAACCAGGUCCUUCACUCGAUUAUAUGAACAGGCGUGACGACGACACCGGGUGGAUGAGUUUGCCUCCACACCAGAACUCCAGCAUGAAUGAUUCCAUGGAUAAGCCACCAUUUUUGGGCUCAUGGAAUCAAUAGGAGGCGGACAUUUUUGCAGUCUUGCUUCGGCAGCUCGCUUAUGUGAGAGCCUUUUUGAAUUUUCCUUUGGACAUUGUGCUCUUAUAGGUGUAUGGGGGCUUCAGGGCGGGUCAAGGAUCCACACCACAGGUGUGUGGGUUGGUAUAAUGCUCUGAGAUAGGAUUUGUACAUACCGAUACAAGAGAGCUGACUCGACACCGCUGUAUAUAGGUAGUUUAGAUUCGAUUUGGGCAGGCCCAGAGAAUCUCGUGGGUUUACAAAUUUUUACUGUUGUCUAUUGUUCGGUAGUUUGUUUCUUAGCUUUUUGUCAGCAAAUAUUUUUUUAUUAGCUUGUCCAGGAGCUGUCUUUUAGGAGUCCCGUAAAUGUGCCAAAGCAAAGGGAUUGAUUACAAUGUCUUAGCUUUAAAACAAUUCUCAUUCUUUUGUCUCUGGCAAUUUUGCUGCUGUUGUAUGCAUCUUUUUGGGAGA